AUGAUGAGAAUGAAGCUGGAAGCAAUCCACAACUAGCCGAGAGAUUCCAACGAGAGGCUGUAAUUAUGAACGAUGCAUUCAUACGAUUUGUUCAAUACAACUUCAAUCAACUAUCCCCUGAACAACUCGAACUGACGAGUGCUGUCAGAUCAGCAACUGUCUCUUCUAUCAGAGAAAUGUCCAGUUAUUUGGAAAAUGAGGAGUUGAACUAUUCUGCAGAUGAACUAGGGAAAGAAGAAUGGGAUUUGUUGUGUCAGUAUGUCAGGAUAUGUCAUAGAGUUCUAUUCGGAGAAGAAGAAUGUGAAGAAAUAGCAAGAGCAGUUGAUAAGAAAGAACUAAAUGAGCUACGUCUUUCGUUCCUGACACACUAUGAAUCUCAAAGAUUAGAAGAAAUCAAGCAGAACAUGGAAGAAAAAGUAGAACACGUU